UCCAUCGCCUUUCUUCCACCUUCCCCUCCCCCUCGACCUCGGUCCUUCUCGUCGGCUUUUAACCCGUCGCGUCCUUCAUUGCUCGACUUCUCUAACGUAUCUUCUUCUCCCGUUCCGUUUCUUCCAGUAGGCAGCUUGCAGCGCUGCUUUCACGCCGCCAUGGAUUAUGAAAUGGACAUCGAGCCCACUGGGCCUCAAGUGACCGUGCGAGAGGCCGAACCCUACCGAGUCGACUUCAAACUCAGCUCCGUCGACCUCGCCUUCGCCAACUCCGUCCGCCGCGCCAUGCUCGCCGAAAUCCCCACCAUCGCCAUCGACCUGGUCGAAGUCGAAAUGAACACUUCCGUGCUGCCCGACGAGUUCCUCGCCCACCGCCUGGGUCUCAUCCCCCUCAACUCGAAGAACUGCGACCAGGACGUCGAGUACACGCGCGACUGCGAAUGCGAGGACCACUGCGCGCGCUGCAGCGUUACCCUGUCCUUGCAUGCGCGCUGCACCGGCUUCGAGGUCAUGCCUAUACAUGCGCGCGACCUGGUCGUCAGCGGCGAGCGGGCCAAUGAAUGGGUCGGCAACCCCGUCAUCACGGACCCCCAGGGCAAGGGACCCUUGAUCUGUAAAUUGCGGAGCGGUCAGGAAUUGAAGAUGACGUGCAUUGCGAAGAAGGGUAUUGCUAAGGAGCAUGCCAAGUGGGCUCCGACGGCGGCGAUUGGGUUCGAGUAUGACCCGCACAAUAAUCUGCGACAUGUGGAUUAUUGGUAUGAGGAGGAUGCUGCGAAGGAAUGGCCCAUCUCCGCAAACGCUGCCUGGGAACACCCUACGGCUCCUGACCAACCGUUUGACUACGACGCCGAGCCCAACAACUUCUACUUCGAUGUCGAAAGCAUCGGCAAUUUGGAACCCGAUAUGAUUAUCCAGCAAGGCAUCACGGUGCUACAACGCAAACUCGCCUCGGUGAUCUCCGCUCUCUCCGGCUCCGGCGAGGGUGACCACGGCGGCAUGAUGGGCGUCGAGGAGGAUGACAUGAUGGGCGUGCGCAGUCCCGAUGCCUACGAACCGCCGGAGGGUAUUGACGGAGGAUUCACGGCCUAUGCCAACGGCAACGCCUCUGCCUGGGGAGCCAGCGCCGCUACUCCAUACGGCGCGACCCCGUAUGGCGGCGGUGGCUACGGCUUUUAAUCGAUUCGAACCAGGACAAAGCAUCAAAAACAAACUCGGAAAACCUACUAUUCACUUUCUCUUCAAAGGAAGUACUAACCCAAGCAUGCGGACGGAGUUAUAAGGGGUCUGUCAUGAUUCAGCGGCGCGUUUAUUGAAUGAUUUUUGAACAUUACAUAUUACAUUUUGCCCAUCCACUUUUCCCAAAAUCGUCUUUUUUCUCUCUUCUCGACAAAUCCAACGAUGAUAUCGAAUUGUUCUCCUUAUGAAAACAUUUGGUUCCUUUUCUUUUUGCCUAUUUUGUGACUGCUAAAGGGACCAUGUCAUAUUAGAUUUCUUUUCACAAUACUUCACCUAUUCACUUGGCAAGGGAGGUAAAGUCCUCAAAAGCCUAGCUGGCAUUCAUUCAUCUAUGUACUUUAGGUCAUUCGAAUCAAUCCCUUUCUAAAUCACUGUGUGGAGAAGCAAUAACACCGAUUCUAUCAUCUUGCGUCUAUUUUC